AUGUAUAGCCCGUCGACCGAUAUAAUCACCGAUUUGGACACCAAGGACAUUCCGCUGGAUUACCGGACCUGGACAGUCCUAUUAUACCAUACCAUACGAAUUCAAGAUCAGCUCAAAAAGAUAUUGAAAGAGGAAGAGGCGCCGUUAAUAUUGGUGAUGUAUCAAGUGGUGGUAAAACUACAGUGGCUGCUGGAGAAAAGGGGUGAUAUUUCAGUGGAUUCAACAAACGGUAAUGCUCCAGCUUAUAAUCUUGGUAAUGUCAGCGGUGGUCAAAUAAACGUGAGAUCAGGUGUACCUCAUGGUUUUGGUUGUUGUUGUGAGAUCGUUUCUGAUGAAAGUGACGAUUACUUUAAUAAUCUGGAAGUGAAGCCCAGAGAAGGGAAUAUCAGAAAAUCAGAAAAGGAAAUCUACGACAUGUCCAAACCGAAUCAGAGAGGUUUAUGUAUCAUCUUCAAUAUUGUGAAGUUUCCAGGUCAUGAAACACGUGAUGGAUCAUCCUACGAGGCGAGAUGUCUACAAAAAGUUCAUACGCAACUCUCUUGCGAAGUGGAUGUUAUUAAUAGUGAUGAAGAGCAAAAUGAUUGCAAAUAUCAAGAUAUUAUUAAUAAACUUGAACAAACUAGUAAACUUCCAAACAAUACAUGCUAUAAUGCUUUAUUUGUGUUUUUUUUAUCUCAUGGUGAAUCCAACGGUCUGUGUUGUUCUGAUGGCGAAAUCCUUCCAUUCAAUAAGCCAGCCGAUAUGUUCAAUGAUAAUUCGUCUACGUGGAAGGAAAUACCGAAAUUUUUUUCUUAUCAUUGUUGUCGUGGAACCGAAUUCGACUAUCAAACUACUGACACCAGUCGAUCAACCUCGUAUGCACAUACCCUAAUUAAUUUUUCGACUCAGUCUGUUCUUAAUGCUCUCAUUGGUCUCUUAUUUAUCUUAGGUUAUGUAUCAUGGAGACACACGCAAUAUGGUACCUAUUUUGGUAAAGCGUAUUGUUUAAGCGCGUGCGAACAUGCUCAUGACAAACAUUUGCAACAAAUACUGGAAGAAAUUUUACAACCU